GAGCAAAGUUAAUUCCCCCCCUCCACCCACCUCCCCACACACUCUCUCCUCCUCCUCCUCCUUCCCGCUACAGCAUAUGGUAGAGACGGUACCGGCCACACCAACAAGUCACGCAGCCCAGCGCCGGGACGCCCGCGGGGAGCCGGGGGGUGCGGGGAGGCAGGAGGCCCGGGGGAUGCCGCCGCCCUGAGCUGCGACCGCGCCGCCGGAGGCCGAGGGACGGGGCGGCCCCGCCGAUUCAAGCAGCUUUACAGGAGGGUUUGUAACUGGGUUUGGACAUGCCAUGUGUACCAACUCCUGAGCAGUGGACCUGCGCAGAGAUUCUACUUUUCAGAGAAGACAGUUCAGGAGAAGCUGUCAACAUGAGUGCUGCUGACAACGGGGUCAGUAGUCUCUGUGCAAUAUGUGGAGACCGAGCGACUGGAAAACAUUAUGGUGCUUCCAGCUGUGAUGGAUGCAAGGGAUUCUUUAGACGCAGUAUACGGAAAAAUCAUGUCUAUACAUGCAGAUUUAACCGGCAAUGUAUUGUUGACAAGGACAAAAGGAAUCAAUGCAGAUAUUGUCGUUUAAAAAAGUGUUUUCGAGCAGGAAUGAAAAAAGAAGCUGUACAAAAUGAACGGGACAGGAUAAGCACAAGAAGAAACACUUUUGAUGGCUGCAACAUUCCCUCUAUUAGCACAUUGUCACAAGCUGAGACACUCUCCCGUCAGAUCUCAGUCGCCAGUCCUGGUGCUAGCACUGACAUAAAUGUUAAGAAAAUUGCUGGUAUUAGUGAUGUCUGUGAAUCUAUGAAGCAACAACUUUUGGUGCUGGUGGAAUGGGCUAAAUAUAUUCCAGGUUUCUGUGAGUUACCACUGGAUGACCAGGUUGCCCUGCUAAGAGCACAUGCUGGGGAACACCUGUUGCUUGGAGCAGCAAAGCGGUCCAUGGCGUAUAAGGACAUUUUACUUUUAGGCAACAAUUACAUAAUCCAUCGCAACAGUACUGAAGUAGAAAUCAGCCGAGUGGCAAAUCGGAUUCUGGAUGAAUUAGUUCGACCCUUCCAGGAAAUUCAAAUAGAUGACAAUGAGUAUGCUUGCUUGAAAGCAAUUGUGUUUUUUGAUCCAGAUGCAAAAGGCCUGAGUAAUCCAAUGAAGAUUAAGAACAUGCGGUUCCAAGUCCAGAUCAGUUUAGAGGAUUAUAUUAAUGACCGUCAGUAUGACUCCCGAGGAAGAUUUGGUGAACUUCUGCUUCUACUGCCCACACUCCAGAGCAUCACUUGGCAAAUGAUUGAGCAAAUACAAUUGGUUAAACUAUUUGGAAUUGUUAAAAUUGACAGUUUACUUCAGGAAAUGUUACUGGGAGGUACUUCUAAUGAUGCCAGUCAUCUGCAUCAUCCAAUACAUCCUCACUUAGCCCAAGAUCCAUUAACUGGCCAAACUAUCCUCAUAAGUUCAAUGUCUGCUCCUUUACAUACAGAACAGAUUUCAACUCCAGAAACUCCAUUACCUUCCCCUCCUCAGGGCUCUGGGCAAGAAUACAAAAUGUCUACAAAUCAGGCUUCAGUCAUUGCACAGCAAUCUAUUUUGAAACAAAAACCAUUGUGAUGUUUCUGUCUGUCUUACUUGUCCUUCCUUCCUUCCUUCCUUCCUUCCUUCCUUCCUUCCUUCCUUUCUUCCUUCCUUCCUUCCUUCCUUCCUUCCUUCCUUCCUUUCCUUCUUCCUUUUUAUGCACUAGAUAAAUUGGUAGGACACUUGCACAUUUAAAAUCUCAGGAUUAAAAAGGAAAUUAUUUCCUCAGCAGCCACUACUGUGGGUGUUUCUUAAAACACCUCAUGAUUUGGAAAGUAAUACUGUUCUGACUGCCACAUAAAACUGUAACUGUGGACACUGCAGUCUGACAAAUAUGUAUAGAGGUUGAUAUGAGUUUUAGAUCUUAUACCUGCACAGAUUCAUUUUUUAUUUCCUGUUUUAGUUGUUGUCUUAAUAUUAUUGUUUUAAAUGUGUAUAUAAUUUUUUAAUUGUGGCAGAACUGGUUAGUGCUUGUUUAGCUGUGAAUUGUAGGCACAAAAAAGUGGGUUGAUCAGACAAAACUUAAGAUUCCAUUAAUUCCUCACUGCUUAGUUAUUUGUAUGAAUCAGAGGUCCUGCCAUAGGCUAAUACGUUUGAAGACUUUUUAAAAUCUGUAUACAAAGUAAUUUCUGUAUCAGUCAAUUGGACAGUGCCAAGGCAUAGGUGCUAGCAUUUAAAUUGCGAAGUACUUAGAACAAGGACUAGUAUGUUUUCUGGUCAGGACUAUUACUUUCCCAAGCAAUUUCUGGGCACACUUUGGGGAUUAGGCCAGUCCAAAGACACUUUUUACCAGGUACUUUCGAUAUGGCCACCUCUCUUCAGGGGCACAGAGAGUAUAACUAGGAAUAUGGCCAGACCAUGCCACUUGACCUCAGGGCUGGAUGUAGACUUUGUACUGUUCAAUUUACUAGUGUAAAUGUUAGCCAUUGUGUUUAUUUGCCUAACUGGCUAAUGAAUAUAUGUUUUAGCAAUCACUCUAAAAUUCAGCUACAGAGAAACUGUAGUUAUGUAGCAGCACUGUGUCUGGAGAGGUACGGCUUACUGACUCAAGCAGCAAAUGUGCCUGAGUUCAGUUCCAGAUGUUCCUGGUUUGAGCCAUGGUAUUUCAAGCUAGAAGGCAGCAAGCACACCAGAUACUCAUCCUCUGGAUUUUUAAGAGUUUUCAGAAGACUGGGAUGAAUUGAUUUACUGUGACGAGCCCUCUUCUCCUCUUCCUUCCCUUCCAGUCUGGGAGGUUCCAACACUAAGUUUUGUAUCUGGAGUCUGUACUAACGCCCAUCUGGAUUUGGACCCUCUGUGGAUUUGCACAAGGGGGACCCUGUGACACAUACUCACUUGGACAUAUACUUACUCAGUUACAAUUUGUGAAGACAAUCUAUUAGGAUACAUAAAGUGAUAUGUUGUUCAUACAACACUGACAUCAUAACAAAAUCACCACUUUGCACAAUGCAUUUAUUCCAGAAACGAAUUGUUUUCCUUUAGUACUUUAAAGUAGACUUUCUUCCCAGAUGUUAUGUAAGAGAGAAAUGGAGGGCGGAAAAAGGAGAGGAAAAUAUUGCUGUUUGAUGAACUAUUGCAAAGAGAAAACAGUGGAGUCAGAAAUUCCACAAGGUCAGAUAUUGAUCAUCCUGAACCAGACACCUGCAUUAACUGCAGCAUCCAAAGAUGGGUGAUGUUAUACCUCUGGCAUUUGAAAGUUGCUCAAACUGGUAUGAUUCUUCAGAUACGUUUUUGCAGGUGGGAAUUGCACCACAGUAAUUGCUGAGCUGACCUGAACUUUCAACAGGCUUUAAUGAGAAUACACUUACCACCAGGUAGAUGCUGUGGGUUUUGAUGUUAUUUUAAAGUAGUUGCUUUUGCAAAGUCUGUGUACAGUAGCCCUUAAUGUGUACCUUUUGCUUUUUAGAGUGUUUUUCUUUUUGCUGUUUACUGUUUAGUUUUUAUCAGUGCAUUGUUCUUUUUACAAAUCCCUUUUAAUAUGAGUUUUUAUGACAGAAUAAAGUACUGAAGUUUUACCAUUAACUUUAGGGGAAUCUGGACUGUGCUGUUUUUAUAAAUUGUCCACCAAUGCUUUGUGGAGAAAGAAAAAAGUAAAGCAUGCACGAGAAAUACCAAGCAGCCCAAAAGUUGACUGAUGGGGGUUACUUUUGUGUACCUGUCAUAGAAAGAAUGCUGGACUCAAGUUGGCUCUGCAUGACUUUACUGGGUCAGAUUAAUUAAGUUGGUUGCAUAAACAUGGCGGUAUUGGUUCUGACUAAAAACAUUUAACUGGAAAUAAAAAGUAAUCCCCAAGUUGGCCACCCUUGCCUUAUAUAAGUGGUCUGAAUAAUAGCUUAAUGGGUUUAGUUUUUACACUGUACUUUAGAUAUAAAGUGUACAGUUAAAUGUUGUCACACACUGCCAAAAUGUACUGGAUGAAAAAUGUACUUUAGUAUUUUAUCUGACAAAAAGUUGUUAUCUAUUUUGUACGAUAUAUUACAUUUUUGAAUAAGAACACCACCACUGUAAUUUAUUGGGAAAAGCUGAUUUAUUUUAUAAAUGUAAUGUUAUUUUUGUAAACUUAAUUAUGAAAAAUCAGAAAUGAUUAGCUUUGUUAAAUAUUAAAUUAUAAUGAGAUGUAACUUUAUAUGUUUGAAUUUCGAUACCAAGUUUUUGUGUUGAGCAUUUGGGAUUGAAAUGGUUGCUGGAAGUAUUUCAAAUAGACUGUUUUUCAUCAAAGCUCAAUAAAGAAACAUGAAUGAUCCGAAUGACA